AUAAAAUAAAAUAAAAUAAGUAAAUUUUAAAAAAUAAGUGAUGCAUUUAUGGUAUUUAAUAGGCAUAUUUUGGAAAUUAUGCUUUUAUAAAGGCAAUUUCAGAAAUUACUGUGAUCUAUUGGCAAUUGGAAGAUACUUUUAAAAGUUGAAUAUUCUUUUCCUCUUUAUUACCCAGCUUUAGUAAACCACUUGCCUUUUAUUACCACUAACAUAUAUUAACAGAAUGCUUUUCAUAGGUUGAAACCCUAACCUACAAUGGGAUUGUAGUUGGACAUAGGUCAUUUAUAGAGGUAAUUAAGGAUAAGUGAGAUCAUAAGAGUGUGGCUGUAUCCCAUUAAGACUGGUUUCCUUCUGUUGACAAAAACUCAAUUAACAAUCAAGUUAAGAAGAAAAAAGUGAAUUUUAUUCAAGCCAAACUGAGGAUUAUCACCCAGGAGACAGACUCCCAGAAUCUCUGAGAUCUGUUCUGCCUUUUAGAAGUUGAAGGCACAAUUAUUUACAUUUUUCAGACAAAGGAUUGUACAAAAAAAUGACAUACUGACAUUUUACAUAAAGUUCAUAGGCCAAGUAAGCAUGUACAAAGCGAGCAGUGAGUCACCAUGACCCCCAACAGAGUUUGGAAAGAAUGCUAAUCUUUUAAGAAGUUCCAUUGCUAACAUCAGAAGAAAGGGGAAAAAAAUUGAUCUUUACAUUCAAGAAAGCAUUCCCAUCUUUGAGGAGGACUAGUUAGUGUGUGCAGUGGAAUAACUGAGGACGUGGAAAGGAGACGUGACCCAUGAGCCCCCGCCCCCCAGCAAACUGGGGGCUGGCGAAUAAGCCAGAACUGUAAACAGUCCUGAAUGCUUUGAGUUCCCCCCCCCCACCGGCAAAUCGGGGGCCUUCGAAUAAGCAUUGAGUGCUUCGGGCACUGAUCCAUGCGAUGUUCUCAGUAUAAUCAGAAUAGUGGGAACACAAGGCAAUGUCCUUGUGCUGCUUUUACGCUCAAGGACGAAGCACGGCAUGUUUUCAAGAAAGCCCAUUAUUGCUUGUAUAAUCAAUAAAAACAUAUGUUGCUGCUUUGGUAUUUCUGGAAUGUUAAGAAAACAAGUCUUAAAAUGUAAACAUAGGUAAUGCUUAAAUAAAAGCUACCACAGCAGGACAGAUGGCGCUGUUUUGCCUGAGCGAGCGGCAGCCCUCUACUGCUGUGCUUCGGCACAAUUCAUCUCGUGUGAUGAGUUUACUUUCGGCCCUGUCAUAAGAAAAACUACAACAUUUGGCGCCCGAACAGGGACCUGAAUGUAAGUAAUCGCGUGAUCGCAGGACCGAAGGGGAAAUUGGUCCGCUCAAGAGUAAGCGAAACCUUCGGGAGCAGUAGAGUAACUGUAAUGGGGAAUUCCCACUCAGUAGACUUUCAAUACAUUAGACUCCUGAAACAGUUAUUACGGAGUUCAGGAGUGAAAGUGAAACCAGAAUCUUUUGAUGAAUUGUUUGCGCUGGUUCGUAAACAUUGUUACUGGUUUCAACCUACUGGUCAUAACCAGUUAAAUUUAAAAGUUUGGAAACAGGUUAUGCGAGCCUUAAGAAGAGCUCAUCAGCAUGGAGACCCUAUAUCUGUCCGUGUUUGAUCUCUUUGUAAAUUAAUUUCCCUUGUCCUGGAACCAUUACAAUCUGAAACUGAAAGUGAAAAUGGGGCGCGCCCUCAGCGUCCGAAUUCUGCUCCCUAUCAUUCUGCUUUUCGUAAGUCUCCUAUAGAGGACCUUCCUCCGCCUCCUCCUCCCCUUGUGUCUGAGACAGGAGAGGAUUUUUCAGGUUCCAGUGAUGAAGGGGCUUUUUCUGAUGGUGAUAAAGAUCGGGAGCAAGCUAGCAAACAAAAUGAGAUGCCACUUUCUCAACAGAAUGAGAUUUCUGAUAUACUUUCAAAGUUGAAAAAUUUGAUGACUGAAUUGGAAGAAAAUAAAAACAAUGCUGCCACCCCUUCAUAUCAGGAGCCAUGUCCUACUAUUCCUUCAGCUCCUCCUUUAGAAUUAGUAGCUUAUCCUGUUGGAGCCUCUCGUCAGUUUCGCUUUCCUCUAAAACCUGAAUCUAAUAGACUAUUGUUGGAAGAAGAGAUGAAUAAGGAAGAAAAGCAAUAUUCUGAAUCAUUUUUUGCUUUCCCUAUUGUUAGACAAGCUAUGCCUGCUAAUGAUCAAUUUCCGAAUGGAUAUGUAAGUGUUGAGUAUAACCAUCAUGAUAUAAAAUUUUUUAAAUGCUAAAAGAAGCCAUUAAUGCGUAUGGGAUGCAUUCUAAUUAUGUUCAAGGACUUUUGUCUGGGUAUGCUACCGAAAACAUGUUAAUUCCUCAUGAUUGGGAAGCGAUUGCCAAAACUGUUCUUGAACGUGGACAAUAUAUGCAGUUUAAAACUUGGUGGAGAGAGGACGCUGAAAACAUGACAAGGUCUAAUACAGCCCAUAAUUCUCCAGAGCCACUUUUAGAUGAAUUAAUAGCAGCAGGCGCAUUUAGUGAUCUACAAGCUCAAGCUCAAUUUGAUGAUUUACGAAUCAUUCAAAUAUGUAUGUGUUGUUUACGAGCAUGGUUACGAGUGGAACCUCCUGGAAAAACAGCACAAUCUUUUACUAAGUUAAUGCAAGGGCCUGGUGAGCCUUACACUGAUUUCUUGUCCAGACUGCGUGCAGCCAUUCAAAGAGCUGUAGCACAAAUAGAGGUGCAAGAUUUAUUAUUACAAUCUUUGGCCUUUGAGUAUGCAAAUCCUGAAUGCCAGAAGGCAUUGCGACCUUUACGGGCUGUAAACGCUCCACUUGAGGAGUAUAUAAAAUCUUGCCAUGAUAUUGGAUCUCCUACUUAUCAUGCCAAUUUACUUGCAGCUGCUAUAAAUGAAUAAUUACAGACUCUCAGUAUGUGGAAUUUACAGUUAAAAAUAUUGAGACCGCUUUUAUCCCAAAUGAUGGAUCAGAACUGCACUCUUUAUUUUUGCAAAUACAACAUAUAAUUAGACUACGUACUGCACCACUUUAUAUUACUCAUAUUCGUGCUCAUACUCAUUAACCCGGCCCAUUGGUAGAUGGAAAUGAUUUUAUUGAUACUUUAGUGGGUACCGUAGAGUUAGCUACAGCAGAACAUCACAGAUAUCAUACUAAUGCCAGAGGAUUGAAAAAUAAAUUUAAUCUUACAUGGAAACAAGCAAAAACUAUUCUCCGUACAUGCCCGCAAUGUGCUGCCAUUAAUCAACCUUGUUUGAAUAUUGAAGUUAACCCUAAAGGCUUAUCUGCUAAUGCUAUCUGGCAAAUGGAUGUAACUCAAUAUCCUGGUUUUGGAAAGUUAAAAUAUAUUCAUCAUUCUGUAUAUACCUACUCUCAUUUUUCAUGGGCACCUCCAUUAUCUUCUGAAAAAGGUGAUGCUGUAAUAACUCAUUUAUGAGAAGCUUUUACUGUUAUGGGAGUUCCCGACAGCAUAAAAACUGAUAAUGCUUCUGCAUAUCACUCUCAAAAAUGUCAGACUUUUUUUGCCACACAUAAUAUACGGCAUGUUACAGGUAUCCCAGGAAAUAGUAUGGGACAAGCCGUUAUUGAACGACAAAACAGCACUUUGAAAGAAAUGUUUAUAAAACAAAAAGGGGGAGAUGAGGUACAAAGUCCUAGGAAAAGAAUACAUAUUGCUUUAUUUAUUCUUAAUUUUUUCAAUCAUGGAGAAGAUGGUUUUAGUGCAGCUGACAGACAUUGGACAAAAAUAAGUACACAAGAACUUAGACAGCCUGUUUCUAUAUUAAAUGAAAAUACUAACACUUGGAAACCUGCCGAGGUUCUUCGUUGGGGCCGGGGAUAUGCUUUUGUUUCUGAAGGAGCUGAAUCUUUUUGGGUGCGGGCUAAAAAGAUAAAGCUUCGGGAUGGCAACUAAGCGUAGCUUUGAUGUGACGGGAAUGACGAAGGGAUUUGCGGAGAUGGAUUUGAGCAAGAGAGCAUUCCGUGUGCCAUUGGAUCGAACAAAGAGGGCGUCUCCAUUGACCUGGGGGCAAGUGAAAAAGUUUGCAGGCACUGCUGAAAAUCUUGUCAUUUCACAGGGUGCCUCUUGUGGAUCGAUUAUCGGAUUGGGUCCAUUGGACUCGAUGCCGAGGAGAAAUGGCUCGGGUUCUUGUUAAUACUUCUUGGGGAAGCGUCAUUGAUUGGAGACAUUUUGGCUCCGCCAGAGGAAAAAGGGGUCUGAAGAAUUUACACUGGCAUAGAGAGGAUAACACUAUUUAUAGCAAUACUAUUAAUGAUACCAUAGUAUGGCAUGCUGGAGGGUUUUCUCCAGGUCCUCAUUUAAAUGGAUAUCCUAUACAAAAGGACUUGUGGAAGCUUAUGACAGCUUUGAAAAAGAUUAAUGCCUGGGUAGGACAUAUGGUUAACAAAUCUGAAAAUCAUAGUUUGACUUUUCAUAAAAAUGUUACUUGGUAUACUCGUAGUUGUGUGAAAUUACCUUAUAUAUUGUUAAAGGGACCAGCUGUAUGGAAUGAGACUCAAGGUAUUAUAAUGUGUAAAAAUUGCUCUCUGUAUACCUGCAUUAACUCUAGUAUAUCUUUUAACAUAUCUACUGAAAGUUUGUAUAUCUUACGAGCUCGGACAGGUCUUUGGCUUCCUGUCAAUCUUGGAAGGGAAUGGCAAGAAUCUCUUCCUAUGGCUGUUUUGCAAUAUUUAGCUGAUGCAUUAAAAAGAAGUAAAAGAUUUGUAGGAAUGUUGAUUGCAGCUGUCAUGGGUAUUAUAGCCAUAACAGCUACUACUGCAGUAGCUGGAGUUGCUUUAGAACAAUCUAUUCAGACUGUUGAUUAUAUAACUGAUUGGCAUAAAAAUUCUGAAAUGCUUUGGUCCUCUCAACGACAAAUUGAUUCGGAAAUCCAUUCGGAAAUAGCAGACUUACAAGCUGUGGUUAUGUUGGGAGACCAACUUGUAAAUUUACAAAGACAAAUGAAGCUACGUUGUGACUGGAAUCAAAGUGCCUUUUGUGUCACUUCGGUUCCAUAUAAUCAGUCUGCAUUCCCCGGGGCAAAAAUAAAAAGGCAUUUAUUACAUCACAAAAAUUGACAGAAGAAAUUGUGAAUUUACAAGGGAAAAUUCAACAAACUUUUCAGAAGAGAUUACAACGACUUAAUUCACAAGAAGUAUGGACUGGAAUUAUACAAGGACUUAAUAAUCUAAAUCCCAAGUCUAAAUUACAUGCUUUAUUUGGUUCUACUGCAGGAUUGCUAA